GCCGAGCGAGAGCUGUGUAAUCCAGUGUCGUUAUUCGUGGGCAGCAAACGGAGCCGGCUCCAGAUUUAAGUUGAACUUUGAUUGUGCAGCGUGCCGUGAAGCGCGAUUAGGGCCCAUCUCACCGGGCCACCCAGCCGUCCCAAGACGGAGACCAAGGGACCUGCCGCCUCCUCUCCAGCCAGCUUGAAUCCCAUGCCACACAAAGAGGAGCAGCCGCUGACCUCUGUGUCCCGUGUCAUGUCAGGUCACAGCGGGGUCAACCAGCUGGGAGGGGUGUACGUCAACGGCCGCCCCCUGCCCGACUCGACCCGACAGAAGAUCGUCGAGCUGGCGCACUCGGGCGCGCGGCCGUGUGACAUCUCGCGCAUCCUGCAGGUCUCCAAUGGCUGCGUCUCCAAGAUCCUGGGCAGGUACUACGAGACGGGCUCCAUCAAGCCGCGCGCCAUCGGCGGCUCCAAGCCCCGCGUGGCGACGCCGCUGGUGGUGAACAAGGUGGCCGACUACAAGCGCGAGUGCCCGAGCAUCUUCGCGUGGGAGAUCCGGGACCGGCUGCUGUCCGAAGGCGUGUGCUCCAACGACACCAUUCCCAGCGUCUCCUCCAUCAACCGGGUGCUGCGCAACCUGGCCACGCAGAAGGACCAGCAGCAGCAUCAGCACCAGGAGAGCGUGUACGACAAGCUGCGUAUGUUCAACGGGCCGACGGCGGCCGGCUGGGCCUGGUACCCGGGUGGACCGCCGCCCUCGCACCUCUCUCUGCCGCAGACGCCCGGCCACGGCCUGCCCAGUCAGCUGCCGUCCAGGGAGGACAUCAAACGAGCAGAUGGCGCCAGCGAGCCGACCUCGGACGGAAACUCGGAGCACAACUCCUCGGCGGAAGAGGACUCGCAACUUCGGCUGCGGCUUAAGCGAAAGCUGCAGCGAAAUCGCACGUCUUUCACUAACGAACAAAUCGAGUCAUUAGAAAAAGAAUUCGAGCGGACGCACUACCCGGACGUGUUCGCCCGCGAACGGCUGGCCGAGAAGAUAGGACUGCCUGAGGCCCGCAUCCAGGUGUGGUUCAGCAACCGGCGAGCCAAGUGGCGGCGCGAAGAAAAGCUGAGGAACCAGAGGCGUGGCAUCGAAUCUGUGGGCGUGUCGCACCACGCCUCGCCCGGCCGCCUGCCCAUCCAGUCGGGCUUCAACGCAAUGUACCCCUCGAUACCGCAGCCCAUCAGCAUGGCCGAUACGUACAGCUCCAUGUCCCAGUCGCUGGGCGGCAUGACGUCGGCGGCUGCGGCUGCGGCGGCGGCGGCCGGCGCCGGCUGCCUGCAGCAGCGGGACACCGCCUACCCGUACAUGUUCGACCACCUGAGCUCGCUGGGCAGCAUGUCGUCCGGCUACGGCCGCUCCUCGUGCAACAUGACGCCGCAGAGCUCCGGCCACGUCGGCUACCACGGCUCGGCGGCGGCGGCGGCGGCGGCGGCGGCGGCAGCGGCAGCAGCCGCGCCCUCGUCCAACAGUGGCACCGGCGUGCUGUCGGCCGGCCUGUCAGUGCCGCUGCAGAUCCACAGUCAGAGCCAGCACGACCUGGCCGCCAACUACUGGUCUCGCCUGCAGUGACCGGACCUGCAGUGACGGGAUCUGCAGUGACCGGACCUGCAGUGACGGGACCUGCAGUGACCGGAGCGGAGCUGCAGUGACGGGAUCUUCAAUGACCGUGCUGCAGUGACGGGAUCUACAGUGACCGGAGCUGUAAUGACGAGAUCUGCAGGAACGGGAUCUGCAGUGACGGGAGCGUCCUGGAACUUGGUCGCCAUACCUCUGGCCACCAUAGUCUGACCUCUGUCCAGGACGGGUGCUCGACAGCCCGGCCGCCUGCCUGACCUCAGGCCAGAGCAAGCACGGGUCAGCGCCGGAGGCUCACCCGCGGUGCGCCGCCCCCCGUCACCGUCGGUCGCGCCGCCUCUGCCGGCAGCGGCCGCGCGGCCGGCGGCGCCGUGUGAUCUAGAUAUGGCCG